AUAUUGGAGUAUGAUAUAAAAAAAUGCUACUGAAACAUGAAGCAACAUACAAAAACAAGGAGAUUAUAUGUUACCGAAAUAUGAAGCACCAUACUAGACUGAAAAAAUUACUAUAUUCUUUUGGAAAUACAUAUCCAGCACUAAACAUGGCCUAGGUAAUUGAAGCAAAGACCUUCGUCAAAUUUGUGAGAUUUCGAAACACGAGUUGGUAAAUAGACAAAAGAGCACAACAACCAUGGAAGGCAAAAUAAAUGGAGAAUUAUCGCAGAGAUCAUGGUCCACCCUAGCUAACUAAUGAUAUCCUUACAAACAAAAGCGAUCAUUAAUAUUAACUAAAUGUACCAAUGAAAUAUGAUUAUAAAUAUUAAUGACCAUGUUAUUGACUUUGGAGUUAUAAUGAAUGGUUUAACAAUUCAUAUGAUAGUUUGAUAAUGGUCAAAAUCAAUUUAUCCAUCGUCCACUUGUUAAUUAUCUAAAAUCCCAUUUAGAAAACUGGGAGAGCAGUACUUACACAUGACCUCAAGCUCUCUUAUAUCUACUCUCAUAUCUACAGCUAUAUAUUAUCAAUUUAUUUAUUUUGAAAAUCACAACAAUGCAUCAUAUAUAAAUUAUUAUAGACAAAAUAUAAUAUGAAAACUAUAUAUUAUAAAAUGAAAGUCUACCUACACGGAUGUGCAUGUCAAAGUCUAGUAUAUAUUAAAUUAGAUAUUAGAGUUUUUUUUUUUACUGAAAAAUUAGAUAUUAGAGUUAAUUAUUAAUUUUAUAGAUAUUGCAAAUAUUGUGGGCUCUGUUAUUGGUGGUCACACGGGUUUGCUUCUUAAUGGAUUUGCUAAGGCAUACCAUAAGAUGCAGCCUCAACAACAUUCUGGAGACCAAGAUGUACUCAAGAUUGCAUUACAGAAUGACUCAGUGGUAGCCAUGCUCAUGUGGUAUUGUGAAUUUGUGAUCUAAAUACAUGUUUUGAGGGACGAGCUGGAAUUUGCAUGAUCCUUACAAACAAAACCGAUAAUUAAUAUUAAUUAAAUGAAUAUGAUUAUAAAUAGGGAAUUAAUGACCAUGUUAUUGACUUUGUAAUUAUUGACCAGUACUUCACGCAUGACCUCAAGCUCUUCUCAUCAACAUGCCUCCCACCUCUAUUUUCCCAUUUCCAAAAUACUACCAAAAUACUUUACCUAAUCGCUAUAUCCAUUUUGAAAUUAUGACAAAACAAACACAACUAAGUCCAUUUGUGUAUUUUUUGUGGGAAAGGGAACCCCCAAAAUAGUUAGUGAUCCAGAGAUUCAUCCGCUUCCUUUGGAAUCACAACAAAUACGGAUAUUUCUCUAAACUCCUGAUUCUUUUUUUCUUCACAGAGAUUUUGAAACCAUGUCCAACAACAAAAACCAAACCAAUGGUUCCGGCGGUGGCUCGGCCUCUCGAACCGGAGCAGACUCUCCGUUCCUACACAAGGCACGCUCAGGGAAAACAGAGAUCAGAGAACUCGAAGCGGUGUUCAAAAAAUUCGACGUGAAUGGAGACGGUAAGAUCUCCUCCAAAGAGCUCGGUGCGAUAAUGACAAGCCUAGGCCACGAGGUUCCAGAGGAGGUGUUGCAAAAGGCCAUAACAGAUAUUGACCGUAAAGGAGACGGUUACAUAAACUUCGAGGAGUUCGUUGAGCUGAACACGAAAGGGAUGGAUCAGAACGAGGUGUUGGAGAAUCUGAAGGACGCCUUCUCGGUCUAUGACAUCGAUGGGAACGGGUCUAUAUCGGCGGAGGAGCUGCAUGAGGUUUUGAGGAGUCUUGGUGAUGAGUGUUCCAUCGCGGAGUGUAGGAAGAUGAUCGGUGGUGUGGAUAAGGAUGGAGAUGGGACGAUUGAUUUCGAGGAGUUUAAGAUUAUGAUGACGUUGGGAUCUAGGCGUGAUAAUGUUAUGGGAGGUGGUCAGAGGUAGAGUUUAACACGGCUUCAUCUUCCUUGUUGUCAUGUUUCCUUCAUCCAUCCAUUGUUUAUUAUUCCACCAUUGUUUCAAUCCUUCUUUUUUUUUUCUUUUGUUCUCUUGGAAUUUUCAUUCUAAAGUUUAUUUUAAAAAACAUUUAUUAAUGUAACUCUUUUUUGUUUUGUCUUCAGUUCUGCUUAGAAUUAACAAAUUUGAUGCAUAUACAGUGAGAGUUAAAUUAGUCGAUUCUAAUCAGAACUGAUGCAUAUACAGUUAAAGUUAUGCGGAUAUAUUUUACCAAUGUGGAUAUAAAUAAGAACCUUUUUUUUUUCUUUAGCAUUGGUCUGUUGCGUAUGCUUCAGAUGAUACAUGUGUUUUUAAAAAUCGUUUUAGACAGUGCCUAAGCAUCUAUUGAUUAAUCAGAAAAUCAGUUAUAGCUAAAAAUGAAUUAAACACUAUUUAAACACUAAUUUCUAAUAAAUUGUUUAAUUAUCACCUAAUAAUUUUUUGAAUAUUCGAUGAUAUUUUUGUGUUUUAUGACACACCUGAAAUGAUUUGUUUUGAGCAUCAAAUAUUUGAAAAAUAAAAUAAUUUUCAUCUUUUUCUUUACAAAUAUAACUAUUUAAUUUAAUUGAAGAAUUUUCUAUGAAUUUUAUAAACUACAAACGCAUAAUAUAGUUUCGAGCCCAGAAAAGUUCAGUUAUCAACUUAUUAAAAGGCCCAUUAGAGAUUUAAAACGAAUUUCAAAACUUCCCCUUCAUCAAUUGACCCCAUUUGUCUCAUUUUGAAAACAUCUAGCGAUCUAGAUUUCUCUAUGAACUAGUUAGUUUACCUAGGGGUGUUCAAUCCGGAUAUCGGUUCGGUUUCGGUUCGGUUUUUUUCGGUUUUCGGUAUUUCGGUUAGUAAAAUAUAACUACCAUUCUAAAUCCAUAUUUACUUCGGUUUGGUUCGGUUUAUAUACCGUCGGUUUUCGGUUUAUUCGGUUUUAUACCAAAAAACAUAAUUAUUUAGUUUGAGAUCAUAUUAUAUGAAUUUUAGAAUAUAUUGUCAACAUAGUCAUUUAUUAAAAAUAUAUUACAUGUUCAAAUAAAUGAACAAAAAAGUAAAAAUGCUUCUACCAUCAAAUAAAAUAAUCAAAUCUAUAACUAAAAUCAAAGCUUGAAAUUUUGAAAAUAAAAAUAUGAAACAAAACAGAAAUAUGAAAGAAAAGUUUUUUCACUCUUCCCUAUUUAUUAUUCAUUAAAGUCAUGGUUUUUCAAUUGAACACGAAACUCUAUUUGUUUACAAAUAAGAAAAAAGUUGUAAAAAUUUUCUAUUUAUUAUUGUCCAUCAAAUUUAUAAUCUUCAUAUUAAUUUAGUGAAGACUAAAAUAAAGCAAAAAAAUC